CAGCUGUGUGUCCAUGAAGAGUGACUGGUCUAUGAUGCAACCUAUAUACUUUAGAGCGGGAGACUUUUCUACUGAACAUUUACAUUUACAUACCAAUCCAGCAGGAGAGACCAGCCUCCCCUGUUCCCAGCUGUGUGUCCAUGAAGAGUGACUGGUCUAUGGAUCGUCCUAUAAACUUUAGAGAGGGAGACUUUUCUACUGAACAAAGAAACCAACAGGAGAGAUCAGAGUCAGAGAUUCUCAGUGGUCAGUCUUCCCAGAGUCAUCAAACAGACCUGGCCUCCAUAUUCAGUAUGCUUGAAGAGAAAAUUAUGACAUUUGUGAAGAACGAGCUGAAGAUAUUCAAGAGGAUUCUUAGUCCAGAACUCCCAGAAGGCUUUGAGAGUCAGAAGCAGGAUAAGGAAGUGGUGGAUGCUGAAGAUGAGAAGCAGGAGAGCAGUGCCAGAGAGGGGGCUCUGAAGAUCACACUGCACAUCCUGAGGAAAAUGAACCAGAAGGAGCUUGCUGACACACUGGAGAAAUAUUCAGAUGAGCUUGCUGUGAUUUGCCAACGUGAACUCAAAUCUAAUCUGAAGAAGAAGUUUCAAUGUGUAUUUGAGGGGAUCGCUAAACAAGGAAACCCAACACUUCUCAAUAAGAUCUACACAGAGCUCUACAUCACAGAGGGUGGAACAGGAGAGGUCAAUAAUGAACAUGAGCUGAGACAGAUUGAGACAACAACCAGGAAACAAGCAAGACCAGAGACUCCAAUCAAAUGUAACGACAUCUUCAAGCCCUUAACUGGACAAGACAAACCUAUCAGAACUGUGCUGACAAAGGGAGUCGCUGGCAUUGGAAAAACAGUCUCUGUGCAGAAGUUCAUUCUGGACUGGGCUGAAGGAAAAGCAAAUCAGGAUGUCCAAUUUGUAUUUUCAUUCCCUUUUCGGGAGCUGAAUUUGAUGAAAGAGGACAAACACACUUUCAUUGAACUUCUUCAUCACUUCUCAAUGGAAACCAAACAAUCAAGAAUCUCCAUCAACAACAAGUACAAAGUUCUGUUCAUCUUUGAUGGUCUGGAUGAGUGCCGACUGCCCCUAGACUUCCAGAACAACAAGAUCUGUUGGGACGUCACAGAGUCAACCUCAGUGGAUGUUCUGCUGACAAAUCUCAUCAAGGGAAAUCUGCUUCCCUCUGCUCUCCUCUGGAUAACUACCCGACCUGCAGCAGCCAAUAAGAUCCCUUCAGGGUGUGUUGACCAGGUGACAGAGGUACGAGGGUUCAAUGACCCACAGAAGGAGGAGUACUUCAGGAAGAGAUUCAGUGAUGAGGACCUGGCCAGCAGAAUCAUCUCACACAUUAAGACAUCAAGGAGCCUCCACAUCAUGUGCCACGUUCCAGUCUUCUGUUGGAUUUCUGCAACAGUCCUUGAACACAUGCUGAAACAUAAGAGAGAAGAGAUGCCCAAGACUCUGACUGAGAUGUACACACACCUUGUGGUGUUUCAUACCAAAAAGAAGAAUGAAAAGUAUCUUGGGAAAGAAGAGACAGAUCCACACUGGAAUAAAGAGAGCAUUCUGUCACUGGGAAAACUGGCUUUUCAACAGCUUGUGAAGGGCAAUCUGAUUUUCUAUGAAGAAGACCUGAAAGAGUCUGGCAUUGAUGUCAAUGAAGCCUCAGUGUACUCAGGAUUGUGCACACAGCUCUUUAAAGAGGAAUGUGGGCUGUACCAGGACAAGGUGUACUGCUUUGUUCAUCUGAGCAUUCAGGAGUUUCUGGCUGCUGUAUAUGUGUUCCUCUCAUUCAUCAACAACAAUGAGAAUCUAAUGGACAAACUGCAAACAAAAGACGAGUCUGGAGUUACUGUCUACAAGAGUGCUGUGGAUAAAGCCUUACAAAGUGAGACAGGAAACCUGGACCUUUUCCUCCGCUUCCUUCUGGGCCUCUCACUGGAGUCCAAUCAGAAGUACUUACGAGGUCUACUGACAAAGACAAGAAGCAGCUCACAGAGCCAUGAAGAAACAGUCGAGUACAUCAAGGAGAAGAUCGGGGAGGAUCUCUCUCCAGAGAGGAGCAUCAAUCUGUUCCACUGUCUGAAUGAACUGAAUGACCAUUCUCUAGCUGAGGAGAUCCAAAGAUACCUGAGAUCAGGAAGUCUCUCAAAACCCAACCUGUCACCUGGACAGUGGUCAGCUCUGGUCUUUGUGUUGCUGACUUCAGAAAAGGAGCUGGAUGUGUUUGACCUGAAGAAAUACUCCAGAUCAGAGGAAGGUCUUCUGAGGCUGCUGCCAGUGGUCAAAGCCUCCAGAGCUGCUCUGCUGUCAGGCUGUGGAGUCACAGAGGAAGGCUGUGCUUCUCUGGUCUCAGCUCUGGAGUCAAACCCCUCACACCUGAGAGAGCUGGAUCUGAGUAACAAUGAUCUGAAGGAUUCAGGAGUGAAGCUGCUCUCUGCUGGACUGGAGAAUCCCCACUGUAAACUGGAGACUCUGAGGCUGUCAGGCUGUCUAGUCACAGAGGAAGGCUGUGCUUCUCUGGUCUCAGCUCUGAGAUCAAACCCCUCACACCUGAGAGAGCUGGACCUGAGCUACAAUCACCCAGGAGACUCAGGAGUCAGACUGCUCUCUGCUGGACUGGAGGAUCCACACUGCAGACUGGAGAAACUCAAUGUGGAACAUGGUGGAGAGAACAGAAUGAAACCUGGGCUUAGAAAAUAUGUCUGUGAUCUCACACUGGACCUAAACACAGUAGACAGACUCCUCUCUCUGUCUGAGGAGAACAGAAAGGUGACAUGUAGGACAGAGGAGCAGCCGUAUCCUGAUCACCCAGAGAGAUUUGAGGACUGGGAACAGGUGCUGUGUAGAGAGGGUCUGACUGGGCGCUGUUACUGGGAGGUAGAGUGGAGUGGGGGAUGGGCUGAUAUUGGAGUGACAUAUAAAGGAAUCAGCAGGAGAGGAGGGGUUAAGGACUGUUGUCUUGGAUACAAUGACAAGUCCUGGAGUCUGGUCUGCUCUGACAACCGUUACAUUGCCUGGCACAAUAAUAAUCCCACUAUCAUAGACGUACCCCCCUCCAGCUCCCACAGAGUAGGAGUGUAUCUGGACUGGCCAGCCGGCACUCUGUCCUUCUAUAGAGCCUCCUCUGACACACUGACCCACCUGAUCACAUUCACCUCCACAUUCACUGAGCCCCUCUAUCCAGGGUUUGGGGUUUGGGAUGAAGGUGACUCAGUGUCCCUGAAAUAAUAACGUGACAUGAAUCAGUGUCCCUCUGUCAGUGAUACACACACUGGACACAGACUGGAUUCACACACACACACACAAAGGACUCUCACACACACACACACACACACACUGGACUCACGAACACACACACACAUACUGGACAAAAACACUCACACACACACUGGACUCACACACACCCACACACACUCACACACACUGGACUCACACACACACUGGACUCACACACACACACACACACUCACACACACUGGACCGACACACACACCCUGAACAAACACAUAAACACACACUGGAAACACACACACACUGGACGCACACUCACAUUGCACACACACACUGGACAAACACACACACUGGGCAAAGACACACACACACACACACACUGGACAAACACACAGGCUGGACAAACACACACAGGCUGGACAAACACACACACACUGGACAAACACACACACACACACAAUUGGACACACACACACACUGAACACACACACUGAACACACACACACUGGACACACACACACUGAACACACACUGGACUCACACACACACACACUGGACUCACACAUACACACACACACACCCUGGACUCACACACACACACUGCACUCACACACACACACUGGACUCACACACACACACACACACACACUGGACUCACACACACACACACCCUGAACACACACUGGACUCACACACACACACACACACACACACACACACACACAUGGACCGACACACACACCCUGAACACACACACACACUGGACACACUCACAUAAACACACACACACUGGACAGACACACACACACACACACACACUGGACAGACACACAUACACACACACUGGACAGACACACACACACACACACUGGACAGACACAUACACACUGAACACACACACACUGAACACACACACACUGGGCAAAGACACACACACACACACACACACAAUUGGACACACCCACACACUGGACAAAAACACACACACACUGGACACAAACACACACACUGAACACACACACACUGGGCAAAGACACACAUGCUAGACACACACACACACACACACACACACUGGACAAGCACACAAACACAGACACACACACACUGAACACACACACACGCUAGACACACACACACACACACUGGACACAAACACACACACACUGGACACACACACACUGAACACACACACACACACACACUGGGCAACGACACACACACACACACAAUUGGACACACACAAACACACUGAACACACACACACACACACACACACACUAGACACACACACACACUGAACACACACACACACUAGACACACACAGACACUGGACUCACACACACACACACACACACUGGACUCACUCACACACACACACACCCUGAACACACACUGGACUCACUCACACACACACUGGAACAACACACACACCCUGAACACACACACACACACUGGACACACUCACAUAAACACACACACUGGACAGACACACACACACACACUGGACAGACACACAUACACACACACUGGACAGACACACACACACACACACACACUGGACAGACACACACACACACACUGGACAGACACAUACACACUGAACACACACACACUGAACACACACACACUGGGCAAAGACACACAUGCUAGACACACACACACACACACACACACACACACACACACACACACACACACACACACACACACACACACACUGGACAAGCACACAAACACAGACACACACACACUGAACACACACACACGCUAGACACACACACUGGACACAAACACACACACACACUGAACACACACACACACACACUGGACACAAACACACACACUGAACAUACACACACUGGGCAAAGACACACAUGCUAGACACACACACACACACACACACUGGACAAGCACACAAACACAGACACACACACACUGAACACACACACACGCUAGACACACACACACACACACUGGACACAAACACACACACACUGGACACAAACACACACACACUGAACACACACACACUGGGCAACGACACACACACACACAAUUGGACACACACACACACACACUGAACACACACACACACACACACUAGACACACACACACACUGGACACACACACACACACUACACACACACACACUGAACACACACACACACACUAGACACACACACACACUGAACACACACACACUGAACACACACACACUGGACACACACACACACACACACACACACACACACACACACACACACACACACACACUGAACACACACACACACACACUUGACACACACACUGAACACACACACACACACACACACUGGACAAACACACACACUCUUCUUCCUAAAAUUGUGACCUUGACCCAGGACCUCUUACAAUAACAUGUAUUUUAUGUUGAAUAACACAUUGUACAAUUACAUACAAUUAUAUAUGGACAUACGCUCCAUAGUUGUACAAGUAUACAAGGAUAUAUUGUACUUUUCAUAAUAAAACACACUUGAAACAAGAAAA